CGCCCAGACUCGGGGACCGCUCUGCCGGGGUCGGGUCGCGGGCCUGCGGCGUCUCGGUCGUUGCCCGAGCCCGCCGCGGCUCCAGGUCUGGGAGCAGCCCUUCCCCGGAAGGCGGCGCGAUGCCGGGGAACCGGCCGCCGAGGGUCCGCUCCGGGAACGAGCCUCGUCCUGCGCCCACCAUGGAGCCGGAGGGGCGCAGGGCCUGGGCCCACAGCCGCGCCGCGCUCGACCGGCUGGAGAAGCUGCUGCGCUGCUCGCGUUGCACUCAUAUUCUGAGGGAGCCUGUGUGUUUAGGGGGGUGUGAGCACAUCUUCUGUAGUAAUUGCGUAAGUGACUGCAUUGGAACCGGAUGUCCAGUGUGUUAUACCCCAGCCUGGAUACAAGAUGUGAAGAUAAAUAGACAAUUGGACAGCAUGAUCCAGCUUUGUAGUAAGCUUCGGAAUUUGCUACAUGAUGAUAAGCUUUCAGAUUUGAAAGAAGAUACAUCUAGGGAAAAUUUAUUUAAUGAUGCAGAAAAUAAGAAGAAUUCAAUAAAAAUGUGGUUUAGUCCUCGAAGUAAGAAGGUCAGAUAUGUCAUGAGUAAAGUUUCAGUGCAAACCCAGCCUCAAGUGAUAAAUGAUGAGAAUGCUCAGCAGGCUUCCAUGUACGAAUUUGUUUCUACAAGUCCUCCAACAAGUGUUUCUGAGAAGGCUAAAAAGGCUUCUGCAAGAUCUGGAAAAAAACAGAAGAAGAAAACUUUAGCUGAAAUCAACCAAAAAUGGAACUUGGAGGCAGAAAAAGAAGAUGGUGAACUUGACUCCAAAGAGGAAUUAAAGGAAAAGCUGGUGUCCUUCUGCAACCAGCCGUCUGUUAUCCCUAAUCCUCAGACAAAUGGUGAGAUAGACUUACUCGCCAGUGGCUCUGCCGUGGAAUCACAGGGUUGUGGCAGCCUAACUGAAGUCUCUUUACCAGUGGCUGAGCACAUAGAGUCCCCAGCAACGGAGAGCAGGAAUGAAGAAGUGACUCCCAAGAAGAAGCUCUGUGCAAAUCCUCAUCCAUCUAAGCAGUGCUUGCUGUCAGGUCCCAGUGGGCAAUGUGCGUGUCGCAGCAGACGGUCCAGUCCCGUCCCUAAGAGAUGCAGGAGCAGCAUUCCUGGCACCAGCAGGCAGCACAUAGUGCUUUCGGAAAACAAACCGUCGCCUGGCUGCCCCUCACCACCCUCAAGCAAACUCAAAGUUGGUGACACAUUAAGGCGGAGAAAGAGUAAUGUAUCAGACGAGUCCAUGAGCCUCUCACGAGGUAUGCCACCUGCUGUACUGAACAGCCCAAGUUACAGACGGAUGAUGUCUAGCCCCUCAGCAGCGAAGCUGUCACCCACUAGCCUUAUGGCUGUGAAAAGAAAUCAUAGAGGAGAGACUCUGCUCCAUAUUGCUUCCAUUAAGGGCGAUGUACCUUCUGUUGAGUACCUCUUACAAAAUGGAAGCGACCCAAAUGUUAAAGAUCAUGCUGGAUGGACACCAUUGCAUGAAGCCUGCAAUCAUGGGCACCUGAAGGUAGUGGAGUUGUUGCUACAGCACAAGGCAUUGGUGAACACCACUGGCUAUCAGAACGACUCACCGCUUCAUGAUGCCGCCAAGAACGGGCACCUGGAUAUAGUCAAGCUCUUAAUUUCCUACGGAGCCUCCAGGAACGCCGUUAACAUAUUUGGUUUGCGGCCUGUGGAUUAUGCAGACGGUGAAAAUAUGAAAUCACUAUUGCUGCUGCCAGAGAAGAAUGAAUCAUCAUCAACUCGCCAUUACUCAGUAAUGAACACUGGUCAGCAUAGGGAUGGACCUCUUGUGCUUAUAGGCAGUGGGCUUUCUUCAGAACAACAAAAAAUGCUCAGUGAGCUUGCAGCAAUUCUUAAGGCUAAAAAAUGUGCUGAAUUUGACAAUACAGUAACUCAUGUCAUUGUUCCUGGGGAUACAGUUCAAAGUACCCUAAAAUGUAUGCUUGGGAUUCUCAAUGGAUGUUGGAUCUUAAAAUUUGAAUGGGUGAAAGCAUGUCUACAGAGAAAAGCAUGUGAACAGGAGGAAAAAUACGAGAUCCCUGAAGGUCCACGGCAAAGCAGGCUCAACAAGGAACAGCUGGUAUUUGUCUUUGGAUACUACUGUCAUUGGGCUUAUUAUAACUUAAUAGUAUCACCAUCAGGAAAACUUCUCUUGCCCUUUCGACAAGUACAGUUGCCAAAGCUGUUUGAUGGAUGCUACUUCUAUUUUGGGGGAACCUUCAAACACCAUCCAAAGGACAACCUUAUUAAGCUUGUCGCUGCAGCAGGGGGCCAGGUCCUUAGUAGAAAGCCCAAGCCAGACAGUGACGUGACUCAGACCAUCAAUACAGUUGCGUACCACGCGAGACCUGAUUCCGAUCAGCGCUUCUGCACACAGUAUAUCAUCUACGAAGAUUUGUCUAAUCAUCGCCCAGAGAGGGUUCGGCAGGGCAAAGUCUGGAUGGCUCCUUCCAGCUGGUUUAUUGAUUGUGUGAUGUCCUUUGAGUUGCUCCCUCUUGACAGCUGAAUAUUGCACCAGAUGUAUGUUUCAAAUUGAACUCACACGGUGUGAGAACCCAGCCAUUGCACUGUUUUGAUCAUUCACAUUUUUAUAAUAGGUAGACUCGUUCAUACAUAUGUUUUCCUUGAAUUAAAAAACAAAACAAAACUUAGGCCAGACUUAGAAUUCAUUCUGUGUUUACCAUUUAGAAGCUGAAAUUGCUUUGAAGGAUUUUUCUUUUUAAAACUGGUGUAUGUUUUGAUUCAUCAUGUCUUUUUAUUCAAAUUAUCAGCUAUCAAAGAUUAAUGAGAGAGUACCAGAACUAUUGAUUAAAUAUACAAGCAGUAUCGUUACUCUCUCAGCCUUUUAAUGUUCUUUGAUGAAAGUAAACCACACUUGCCACCAGCAAAAAUACUUCCCAUCCUUAGUAAACAAAAAAUAUUGUCAAAUAAUUGAUUCUGGCUUUAUUGUAAUAGAGUACCUGGUCUGAAUGUACCACCAUAGGUGUUAAAUUCUUCUGUCUACAAUUCUCUUCAUCUUACGUUGUGUUUAGUUUUUUUAUAAUUUACGUGGAUGUCAGUUCCUACGUUUUUAUCUCUUCUUUUUAUCUUACGUAUUCAUCAAGAAAUCAUGAUUUAAACCAUAGCAUUUUUCUUCGGUGGUGAAAAUCAACAUUGGACUCAUGGUACAUAUUUUUAUUGUAUAUAUUUGCUUAUUGUUAGCUAUCAGUUUGUGACUGUGUUUAUCUACAGUAUAUGUACAUAUACAUAGAGCAUUUUCUCUAACAAAUUUUAGUAUCAGUAUUCCUUAGAAGGUCUCACCAGAUUAGUAAGUUGUCAAUCAGAUGUUAAUUAAAUUAGGGGCUAGUCCUUUUUCCUGUAGACCUCGCUACAUAUUGCUGAAAUAAUUGUUUUUGAAGGUCUUAAUUUCUUCUUUUGUGAAGUUUUUUAUUUUUCCAUUUUUAGAUUGCUGUGGAGGCAGAAGUUGGGGAUUAUCUGAUUAGAACAAAUUUUGUCCAGGUGGUACAAAAGGCCAUCACAAUAAGUCUAAAGGCAGGAGUGGGAAGGGCUGUCUCCCAAUACAAGACCACAGAGAGGAGACAGGAUGCCGCCUGAGCCUGGGGAGUCCUGGGGAGGUUACUCUGAUUGGAGUGUUCUUGUUUGUUAAUGAAUUGACAAGGUAAAUUAGAUCAUUUAAAAAUAUUUGUAAGAAGAAUUCUUUAAUAAGUCUUCCUAGAAACUGAGCAUACUUCUAUGAAAGACAUGGGAAGGGAGACACUGCGGGACCUGCCAGGUUUGGUCUCUGACAGGCUGGAGAUUUGUGAAGCACUGGAUGGGAAUACUGAGUCUGAAGUGAAUGAACAUUAGUAAGAUUCAUUUAUUUGUAAGUUUGAGAUUCUGCUGAUUAUUUCGAAAUAAAUCUUAUUGGUAAUUCCUUCUUUGACAUGUGACGUUUCCAUAUCAAGAAACACGUUUUGUAAACACACUGAUACACUGGGUACCCUGAUCUUCAGGGAUGAAUUAGUUCUGCAACCCUCUCCAACCAGUCAUGUCUUUGUCCCACAUUUCAUUCUAAUGGAGAAUGAUGAACACCAUAGCACCAAGCAAAUCUGAGGGGUUAGAUAAUGUCUGGAUUAAAUAAUUUAGGACUCUCUGGGAUUUCGGUUGUCAUUUUUGGUUUAUAACUGACUUGUGGUCACUUUUUAUUGCCUCAUGGGUCACAUUCCUAGGCAGGUUUGUGUCUGUUCUUCUGAUUUGAAUCCCUGUUUGUAAAACAACUUUGGGGGUUGCUGCUCACUCUCCUUCAUUCAUUUUCUUGGUUUAUCCCCCCUCCCUCUUUGUUGUAUUCUGUCCCCCACUGUUAAGCGGUUUUAUUUUUGGUUCCUUUAAAUAUUUAUUUUGACAGCAGUUGGUUGAUGUUAAACUCUUGAACCUUGUAAUUUCUGUGUAGAUAUACUUGUAACUGUUUUCAUUUGUCAAUCACAGAUUCAAGCUUCCUUUUUAUUGACUAUAAAUUAUUAAAGUUAUUUGUGUUUCUGUAUUUCUGUAUCUUCUCAUAGUAGUAGUUUACUUAUUGUGGGCUGUUGACAAGUGAGACUUAGUAAGACCUGAGAGGAAACCUUUGAGCUAACAAAAGCUUAUCUUUUGGAACACUUAACACAUUGUAGUUAAUUUUGGAUAGAAAUAUUUCUAAACUAUAAUAGAUACUUUAUUACCUUAAAUAAAUGUGUCUGAAUACAGUGUGAUUUUGAUGGUUUGGAAUCAUCAUUAAGAGGGUCAGUGAUUACGCAGUGAUUCCUUCACGGAUCCAUUAAAGCCAGAGGGUCGGCAGCUUGUCCACAGUAUCACAGGGCUGCUUGUUACUUUUC